AUGAUGUCGGUUACGGGGUGGUUUCCUGCUUAUGUUAAAUUUGCCCCUGAACUUGAUAGGUUGGCGGCGAAACCCUUUUACAACCAAAGAAACACAAAUUGUUCACCACAACUGUCCUUCCAACGCAACAGUUUGAAGAGAUGCUAUUGCAAAAAGAAAGAGCAAGACACACAGUUUUUAUCAGAUAGUCCAUGGGAUAGUGGGGAUGACAACAGCCUCUUCUUCACCCACAAACUCAGGCCAUAUCACUUGUUACCAUCCAAGUUCUUGAGUUUAAUGCAGCUCUGGUUUUAUUCAACUCUUGGAUUUGGGUUUCUUGUUCUUCUCAUUUGUUUAACAUCGCUACUUGGUGACAGAUUAUUUGACUUUAAGGCCACAAACCAACAGGGUAAAGAAUUUGUGAAUUGUGAUGACAAUCGCUUAGUCUUAUUGCUAGAGUUUAGAACUUCCUUAGUAGAACGAUAUAUAGCUCCUCAGCAAGUGCCAGUUCAAUAUGGAGGACUUAGCAGAGAGGGUGAACAGGAAUUCACCACUGCUGACCCUGCUACAGAGGUUAUUAUCAAACCAGCAACAAAACAUGCUGUUGAGUUCCCAAUUUCUGAGAAAAGCACCUUGGUAUGGGAAAUCAGAGUGGUGGACUGGAAUGUGAGCUAUGGAGCAGAAUUUGUGCCUAGUGCUGAAGAUGGAUACACAGUGAUAGUACAGAAAAACAGGAAAAUCUCGCCAGCUGAUGAAACAGUAAUCAAUAACACCUUCAAAAUCGGUGAACCUGGCAAAGUUGUACUCACCAUUGAUAACCAAACAUCAAAGAAAAAGAAGCUUCUUUACAGGUCCAAGACCAUACCCAUCUCUGAGUAA